AAGUUCUUCUAUUAAGCUUUUCUUUGCAUUUGCAAAAUUGCCAUUUUUCCAAAAUAGUAUUGUGAGGAAAACUACGGGAAAUUGCACGAAUAUGAACGUCGUCUUAGAAUAUAUGACGUCAACGGGAGCGUUGCGAAAUACGGCAAAUAUGGCGAAUAUCGCAAAUCCUUGGUUCCGCAUUUUUCCGCCGGAAGAAAUCGCUGAAGACCCCGAAUUUAUUGGUGAAAGUGGUGUAAAAAAUAUGCCAGACAGAGGAGCUCCUGCAAUAGCAUAUUUUAUGCUCAUGUUUACAGUCAAUCUUAUGAAGAAGAUAGUCCAAGAAACAAACAGAUAUGCCCGAUCAUUUAUCAAAACCAACAUGCAAAGGAUCAACAGAUGUAGACAUUCACGUGUUCACCAGUGGAUUAAGACUGGACCGCUCACAAUUAAUGAGUUCAAAGGGUUUCUUGCCGCUAUUUACAAUAUGGGACUGAAUAAGAGACCGACACUACAGUGCUACUGGAAGAAAGGGAAACAAGAAUACAAGUGGUUUAGAAAGAUGUUUCCAAGAAAUAGGUUUCAAUUAAUUCUAAAAUUUUUACAUGUUGUUGAUAAUCGUAAAGUUUCAGGCAGAAAUGAUCCAACAUAUGACCCAUCAGCCAAGUUUAAGCCGAUUCUUGAUUCAUUGAACAUGCGAUCCAAAUAUCUUUAUACACCUGAAAGAAACCUAUCGAUUGAUGAGUCUUUGGUUGGGACACGUGCGCGCUCUGUAAUGACACAAUAUAUACCAACAAAAAGUCACAAAUUUGGCAUUAAACUUUGGAUGCUGGUAGAAUCUAUAUCCGGUUAUCUCGUACAUAGUACUGUUUAUAGAGGUCGUCGUUUCGAUCCUGUGCCUGAUGGGGAACUCCAAAGUAGUAUGGUUGUUAAAAGUCUACUGAACGUUAGUUGUUUAUUUGAUAAAGGAUACCACGUGUUUUGUGAUAGUUUCUUUUCUAGUCUAUCACUAGCAUCAGAACUACUUUUAAAUAGGACAUUUAUGACUGGAACUUUAAGAAGUAACCGACCAAUGCCACAAAGAAUAAAAAACCCAGAAUUACGUCCGGAUGAAUAUGUAUUUAUGAGAAGACAAGAAACAUUAGUAUGUGCAUACAGACAAAACAAACGGAAACCAGUUCGCCUAGUGUCUACAUUUUGCAAUGCACGAGUUACACCUCGUGGCAAACCAACCGCCAUAGAAAGUUACAGCAAAAAUAUGGGAGGAGUAGAUCGAAAUGACAUGUUCACAGCAUUCUACAACGAUGAGAGGAAAACCGUCAAAAUGUGGAAAAAAAUUAUGUUUAAUCUUUUUCAAAGAUUCAUGAUAAAUGCGUACAUUCUUUAUAAAAAAAACUCAAACAACCCUCGUCCACUAUCACGCCUCCAGUUCAUUCACGAGGUAAUUGAAAGUUUGUCAAUGGAACACAUGAGAGAUAGAUUUCCGGGUCAGUUAGAAAAUCGAAAGAAAGAACUUCGAAGAUUAGCCAACGGCAAAGUGAAAGAUUGUGUUGUAUGUUCAUAUCGAAGUAACGGAAGAAGGAAGCGAUCAAGAUUACAAUGUGGUAGAUGUCUCCGCGGUGUGCAUAGUUUAUGUUUCAACCGACAUUUAGUUCUGUGCGACGAACAGUAACAAAUUUGACAUUUACAAAUAAUAAAGAUUUUCACAUGUUAUAAAUUUUAAUUAUUUUUUUAAAAUAAGGAUGUCUAAAAUAUACAAGUAUUAUAAGUUGUCAAGAGACUGACAAAAAAGAAAAAAAAAGGCAGUUAACUUAAAUAACACGUUAUCCAAAAGUAAGAUCUCCCGCGGAUGGGGAACUCUGGCUUUCCUAAAAAAAAUUUUUUAAAAAAGACCCGCCAACGUCACAAAAUAGUUCAUGGAACGUUUUUCAAUUUUACGGUGAAUUCAUAACAUUAUGUUAAUUUUAAUACAUCUAUGACCCCUCCUCCCCCCAAAACUAUAGUGAACCAGGUUACCAGCUGUUGCAUGAUGUUAUUAUAUAUAUAUAACACAUAUGAAAACUCAGGACACAAUUAAGAAAAAGUACAAAACAAGCAAUUAAAAUUAAAUUAGACAAGAUCAUAGUUCAUAAUUAUCAUGAAUGCUAGUAGAAUUUUGCAUUUCUUCGAAUUGCAACUUUAUUCUUUAUACAUUACUAUGUGCAUAUCUUUUUCUUUUCUUGUAUACAAUGAUUUGUAUAGAAUUAUUAGCAAUGCAAUGCAAUCAUGCGAACAUUACGGGAAAAAAACCUUAGCAUUGACACAUAAAUCAAAAUAAAAGGAGAUGUGGCAAAUACGUAACGGAUGAAUGAAAGGAGAUGUGGUACAUAUAGUACGUCUUAUAUGAAUAAAAGGAGAUGUGGUACAUAUAAUACGUCUAUGAUAAAUAAAAAGAGAUGUGGUACAUACGUCUAUGAUAAAUAAAAGGAGAUGUGCCGGGUACAUACGUCUAUGAUAAAUAAAAGGAGAUGUGCCGGGUACAUACGUCUAUGAUAAAUAAAAGGAGAUGUGGUACAUACAUUUGUAAGUCUAUGAUAAAUAAAAGGAGAUGUGGUACUUACGUCUAUGAUAAAUGAAAGGAGAUGUGGUUCAUACGUCUAUGAUAAAUAAAAGGAAAUGUUGUACUAUACGUCUAUGAUAAAUAAAAAGAGAUGUGGUACAUGCGUCCAUGAUAGAUAAAAGGAGAUGUGGCGCAUACGUCUAUGAUAAAUAAAAAGAAUGUGGUAAGUCAAUAUGAAGGACAAUCAAAGGGUUAGAAUCCAUCCCCAAUAUUCAUUUAUGGAAACUUGAAACUCUCGAUUUUUCUAACUUGCGUUGUUUUGAGGGCUGUUUUAUUAAUUUACUGCUGUUUUUUGCAAUAGUUUCCGUUUUCUUUUAUUUUUAGGGGUUGGCAAAAAUCAACUUAUUUCUUUAUUCGUAAUGUUUAAUGUUUAAUGUUUAUUGCUCCUCCUCCUAAAUUUAUAGCCAACUAUCCACAACCGCCGCAGCAUGCAAUGAACAAAUAGUAGGCGUCCUAUGCAUGGCGAAAAGCGAUAGGAACGUCAACGUUGAAAAUCUGAUAGUAUCGGUGACGUCGUAAUAUUAUUACGUU